GCAGAAGGGAAGCGAGAGCGAGCGAGAGCGAGAGUGAGAGUGAAAGCGAAAACGAAAGUGAAAGUGCCGCCCGCCUUUCGCUUUCCCCGCGGACGGUGCUGCUGCUUCGCCCGACUUCUCCGCAGCGGCGGGGGCCUUUCGGCUCGGCCGGCAAUCAAGCCCUCGAUCCGGGGGUCCCCCGAGGAAGAGGGAGGCCACAUGGCCGAGGCGCCGCAGCCCAUGCGGCUGAAGGAGUGGCUGCUGGCCCAGGUGGAGAGCGGUCGCUAUCCGGGACUGCGCUGGGUGGACGGGCGGAAGACGCUCUUCCGCAUCCCUUGGAAACACGCCGCUAAGCAGGACUACCGCGAGCGGGAGGACGCGGCGCUCUUCAAGGCCUGGGCAGUCUACAAGGGCAAGUACCGGGAAGGGCUGGAUCAAGCCGACCCCUCCGUCUGGAAGACGCGUCUCCGCUGCGCCCUCAACAAAAGCCCCGAUUUUAAAGAGGUGCCUGAGAAAAGUCUCUUGGAGGCCUCCGAGCCUUACAAAGUCUACCAGGUGGUCUCUCCAGAGGCGGCCCAAGAAGACACAGAGAAGGAAAGUGGAAUGGAUUCUCCUCUGCAGUCAAAACGUCCCUUGGCACCAGCACCUGGAGUGGAUGCAGCCCAUGGCUUCUCAGGCAAGGCCAAGCCAUCUUCGGAGCCUGAUGGGAAAACGCAAAAUGAGCCAGGGAGUGCUCUGCUCCCCCAGAAGCUGAAGAGUGGAGACCUCCAGGGGUGUCAGGUGAAAGGUUUUUUCCACACUUGGGCUCCAUCACAGAUCUACCAGCUUCCAAACCGGGCUUUCGUUAGUCCAAGUUCACAGUUUGUCCCCAGCAAAAGCAUCAAUUCAGAUUGCUGCCUUCAUGUUCGCCUCUACUACCACGAUGUGCUAGUGAAAGAGAUGAUGACAAGCGUAGCGGAAGGUUGCCGAAUCACCUACCAGCCGGUGGUGGCAGAGAACGAUGACCUGUAUGGUCCAAGCGGCAUGGAAGAAAUCCAGUUCCCUUCUCCGGAUAUCCUGAGCUGCAAAAAUUGGGGGCCCAAGGCCAUCUGGGUCUUGAAGAAGUUGCUCCCCCACUUGAAUCGUGGGGUGCUCCUUUGGGUAGCUCCAGAAGGAGUCUUCAUGAAACGCCAGUGCCAGAGUCGGGUUUACUGGAAGGGGCCGCUGGCACCCCACAAGGAUCAGCCCAACAAGCUGGAGAGAGAGAAAACGUAUUGGCUGUUGGACACGCAACAAUUCCUCCAGGAGUUACGAGGUUUCCUGAGACACGGAAAGCCGCUACCGCAGUACCAGAUCCACCUCUGCUUUGGAGAAGAAUUUCCGCCUGUUCCCAACCAGAAGCUCCACAGGUUCAUUACGGCCCAGGUGGAACCAGUGUUUGCCCGCAAUCUCUGCUUUCACGCCCAGCGGUAUCUCCAGGGCUCUCGGACCUGCCCUCCAAAGACGCCCAAGAAGAUCAUCCAGAUCCUGCAGCAGCUCUCUUCCUCUUGCCCUGCUCCGGAUGUCACCGCUGACCUGGAAGAGAAGUCCUGACCACGGGAGCCCUCCCUCGAGAUUCAGCCUCUUCUCUCAGGGAUUCAAUGGCUGGUCUGGGCUGAAAUCUUGUAGGAAGAAGGACUCUGUGUUUGGCCUGGAUGUCGCUUUUUUAAUAUAUGCAAAUUUGUAUUAAAAAAUAUGAGGGGGGAGAGUGAGCCUUGUUUAUAUAUAUAUAUAUGUAGGUCUUUGGUUAUUCGGGUCUUCUCCCACGUAAAAUUGGAAGUGUCUU